ACCACCAAGCGCCCGUGCAUUACAUUCACUUUCUCCUGUACCCCGCUUAUCUCUGGAUUCUGAACAUCGCCUCAAUUCGCCUUUCUUCUCGCCUGUGGCUCAAUCGACCUCACUGUUUCGUACCGAUUUGUGAUCUUGAAGGGUGUCCUGUUCUUCUGUCACCAUGGAGAACUACCAAAAGAUUGAGAAAAUUGGAGAGGGUACCUAUGGUGUUGUGUACAAGGCUCGCGAGCUCACCCAUCCCAACCGUAUCGUCGCCCUGAAGAAGAUUCGCCUGGAAGCCGAGGACGAAGGCGUCCCCAGCACCGCCAUUCGUGAGAUCUCCUUGCUGAAGGAGAUGAACGACCCCAACAUCGUGCAGCUCUUCAAUAUCGUUCAUGCCGAUGGCCACAAACUCUAUCUCGUCUUCGAAUUCCUCGAUCUCGAUCUGAAGAAAUACAUGGAGGCUCUUCCUGUCAGUGAGGGUGGACGUGGCAAAGCCCUCCCCGAUGGUGCGUCGAUGUGCAAGACUUUGGGUCUGGGAGAUGCAAUGGUCAAGAAGUUCAUGGCCCAGCUGGUGGAAGGGAUCCGUUACUGCCACAGCCACCGUAUCCUGCAUCGGGAUCUGAAGCCUCAGAAUCUUCUGAUUGACCGUGAAGGCAAUCUGAAACUCGCCGACUUCGGACUGGCCCGAGCAUUCGGUGUUCCCCUGCGGACGUACACCCAUGAGGUGGUGACCCUGUGGUACCGCUCCCCUGAAAUCCUUCUGGGCGGCCGUCAAUACUCCACCGGUGUCGACAUGUGGUCCGCCGGAGCGAUCUUCGCGGAGAUGUGCACUCGCAAGCCGCUGUUCCCUGGUGAUUCCGAAAUCGACGAGAUCUUCAAGAUCUUCCGACUCCUCGGCACCCCGGAUGAACAUGCCUGGCCUGGUGUGACGUCCUUCCCCGACUACAAGCCGACGUUCCCCAAAUGGAAGCGCGAGGAGACCCGUGCCCUCGUGCCCGGGCUGGAGGAGGACGGUCUUGACCUCCUCGAUGCUUUGCUCGAGUACGAUCCCGCCCGACGACUCUCCGCCAAGCAGGCUUGCUUGCACCCGUACUUCCAGAACGGCAGCUCCCAUUACUCCGGUCGCACCCGGAGAAACGGAUUGCCAUGAUCGACUCGCGCCCUGUGAAUCGGUCCCUUAUGUGUAAUGUAUGUAUGUGAAUGGCUGCGGCAGACCCAGUGGCACCGUGGUAACUGGCAGGAUGGCAGAGCCCACACUACUACUCAUUGCCGUCUUUUGCCCCCGGUUCACCCGUUACGUCCCGCGUGCUGCUCACUUUCGAUUCUUCUUGUUUAUGUCUCGUGUUUCCUUUGUUCAUGGCGUUGUUUGCGGAAUGAUUUGAUAGGACGGGAAAGAAAUUAGGUUACAGGAUAUUACCAGGGGUGUUUAUUUUCCACUGAUGCGUACAUACCCGUCUGAAUGAGUAAUUUCAUACUCUGUUAGUAUGGUCUACAGUCGACCCUGCAAGGGACAAU